GUCUAAUAAGUAAUAAUAACUCCUCUUCCCAUCAUAACUGACUGUCUCUCUCUGCAAACUCAAACAACAAUGCCACUCUCUGCAAUAACUCCUCCUUCUCUACCACCUCUCUUCUUCUUCCUCUCUAACAACACUACUCCUCUCUACUCUCUCAAACCAAACACUCACUCUCACUCUCACUCUCACAGACGCUCCUUCCUUCUCUUCUCUCACGCUUCCUCUUCUUCCUCUUCCGUCCAAAACCCUAACAGCCCCUACACUCUCCGCCACGUGUCCCACCACGACGACGACGAUCAAGACGGCAAAGGAGCUGAAGAUGAAUCCAUGGCUUCCUCCGCCUCCGCCGUCGCCUCCGCCAUUCGCAGAGCUUCCACGUCCCCCGUAGACUUCGUCCAGAGAAUCGAAAAGGACAACGCUAGUAGAAAAACCCGCCGCCUCGUCCUCCCUAGCCCCGAUUUUCAACGCCUCUGUAUCGAACAGCUUCACCUCUUCCGCCGAAACGUUCAUCCCCACGCUCUUCUCUCGGUUUAUGUAAGACCAGCUGGUAGCUAUGUAAUGGACCGUCUAGAACUACGUCGUAUUACUCUAUAUCCUGGAGUAGACGAUGACGAUGUCACUGACAUUGUGAUAUUAGUCGGUAAUUUUAGCGUUCCCACGGGUUUGCGUGUUGCUGAAUCUGCGCUCUCCAAUCAACAAGUAGAAGUUGUGGAUGAGAAUGGGGCUGUGGUUUUUCCAAUGGUGAAACACCCAUUUGUGGUGGGGUUCUUGGUUGCCGAGCUUCCAAUGAUGGUGGAGCCCGAAAUGUGUGGGAAUAGGGAGAGUGUGAGUGAGAGUGAAGGGAAUGGUUUGGUUCAUUAUCCUUCUCCUGAGGAAGCGUAUGCAUUGUCUUCAGGAUUCGGAUCAGGUGUGAAAUCGUGGAAAAUUGAGUGUGUCAAGGAUGAGCCGAUGAGAAUGUGCAGGUUUAAUGCUGAUCAGAAAGCGAAUGCUAUCAACAUUGCACAGUCUCUAGCCAUGGCGUAUGUUAUGGAUCAGAAAGCAAUGUUACUCCAGCAAUCAUCAUGGCAAAAUGAUGUCAGGCUGAGCAAUCUUGUUGAGCAAAUUCGUGGUCCUCUUUCUAGCAUUCGGACUUUAAGUAAAAUGCUGUCUAUUCAGUUGAAGAGAAGCGAGAUUUCUUAUGACAUUGUCAAGGACAUACUGGUGCAAGGUGAUCGUAUGAGAGAUACCCUUCAACAACUCCAAGAUGCAGUUUACUUGACAAAGGCUAAUAUAGUGCACUAUAAUGAAGAAACAUUGAAGAAUAUGCAUAAUUCGACUGAUGCCCAUGAGUUAGAGAGGUCUCAGUUACCAAAUAACUUCUCAAGGGAUGGUUCCAGAAAUGAGAUGCAAAAGUCUAGUGAGCAACUCUGUCUAAAUGCUGGAGCCAGGGAUUUAGAGAUGCCCCUCCCACCUCUGGCUCUUGCUCCUCUACAACAUGGAAUUAGACCAUGCAAUGUUUCUGAUGUGUUGACAGAUCUGGUUGAGGCUGUGAGACCUCUUGCCCAUAAGCAGCAACGCAUGGUAAAACUAAGUGAAGUCUCAGAUCCCUUGCAAGUUGCUGUGGAAGAACCUGCUUUGCGGCAGGCUCUUAGCAAUUUGAUUGAGGGUGCAAUGUUGCGUACAAAUAUUGGGGGAAAGGUUGAAAUAGUGUCAACUGAAGCUCCAGCAGGUGGUACUCUUGUAGUUAUUGAUGAUGAUGGGCCUGAUAUGCACUAUAUGACACAGAUGCAUUCCCUCACGCCAUUUGGAGCAGAUCUCUUUUCAGAAGACAUGGUUGGAGAUAACAUGACAUGGAACUUUGUUGCUGGGUUAGCUGUUGCUCGUGAAAUACUGGAGAGUUAUGGCUGUGUAGUCCGUGUUAUCUCUCCCCGGACCACAGAUGCUGCCCUUGGAGCAGGUGGAACUCGUGUAGAACUCUGGUUUCCAUCUUUAACUGAAUUAUCUGACUUUAAUGGCCACACUCAAGAGGUAUAGCAAGGAUUGGAACUGUCCAUGGAAGAGAUCUUUCGUGGAACAGAAGGAAUGAAUCCCAUCUUAAGUUGAUGAGAAUUAGGUGGUACAGAAUUCAGAAUUCUUGCCCGCAUUGGUGCAUAUAAUGUAUGUGAUUUGAGGGGAUGCUGUAUAGUUUCUAAGUUGAUUAGGUUGUCCUCUUUACACAUUGAAAAAAUUGUAAAUAGCUAAAAGGUUUUAAGGUUUAGGGAAACCUCAUAAAUUCAUAAAAUGAUGUUAGAUAUUUUUCUCAGUUGUAUGUGGAAGGUCAGUAAGAAAGGACAGAAUCACAGAAUACUCAAGCUUGUAAUACUCUCUAGUCGUACCAUAUCAAAGGUAUAAUUGAAUUCGUUUUCAUUAUGACAAUGACAUUA